UUAUGCGAGUGACCCCUCCCACUCCUCGGAAUUAGCAAAGCGAGGCGCGCCGCCCUUCUCCCCCUCCGGCUCCGGCGAGAGGCGCGAGCGCAUGGCCCCUAGGGUUGCGCCGGCCAUGCGGGUGCUCCCCCUCGCGCUCGCCGCGGCCAUCUUCUUCGGGGUGGCCGCCAUCUUCAUCUACCUCUCCGGCCUCUCCUCAUAUGGCAGCGGUCGGCUCUCGGAGUCGGACUUGGCGGCGCUCGCCGCGCUGCAGGGCCGCUUUAGCAAGUGCGUGGAUGCAAAUGGGCUAGGACUGAAAGCGAUGAGUGGUAAGGACUACUGCAGAGUUGUGAUACAAUACCCAAGCAACACAGUUUCUAAGUGGACGGAUCCGAACACUGGACAGGUUGAAGGUUUGUCAUUUGAGUUCAAUCUGUGCGAAGCUGUGGCCUCAUGGGAGCAGGUUCGAAACAGUACAACAGUACUCACAAAGGAGUACAUUGAUGCUUUGCCAAAUGGCUGGGAGGAGUAUGCAUGGCGCAGGAUCAACAAAGGAAUCCUUCUUAAUAAGUGCCACAACAGAACCCUUUGCAUGGAGAAGCUCUCGCUAGUUCUACCUGAGACAUCACCAUAUGUGCCUCGCCAAUUUGGUAGGUGUGCUGUUGUUGGGAACUCUGGCGAUCUUCUUAAAACUACAUUUGGGGAUGAAAUUGAUUCUUAUGAUGCUGUCUUCAGAGAAAAUGGCGCGCCCAUCCAGAAUUACACCGAGUAUGUCGGUACGAAGAGUACAUUUCGCCUUCUGAACAGAGGAUCUGCAAAGGCACUGGACAAAGUUGUUGAGUUAGAUGAAACAAAAAAGGAGAUAUUGAUCAUUAAGACGACAAUACAUGAUAUCAUGAACCAAAUGAUUCGGGAAGUUCCAAUAACCAAUCCAGUAUACCUCAUGCUAGGCACAUCAUCAUCAUUUGGUUCGUCCGCUAAAGGAACUGGGGUUAAAGCUCUUGAAUUUGCUCUCUCUAUCUGUGACAGUGUUGACAUGUAUGGCUUCACAGUAGACCCAGGUUACAAGGAAUGGACAAGGUACUUUUCUGAGGCCAGAAAGGGUCACACGCCACUUCAUGGUAGAGCUUAUUAUCAAAUGAUGGAAUGUCUUGGUCUGGUAAAAAUCCACUCACCGAUGCGAGGUGAUCCGGGCAGGUCAGUGAAAUGGCUGCCUACCAAGGAUAUCAUUGAAGCUGCUAGAGUUGCCUCUGAGAAAUUGUUGAGGAGACCUGGGGCUGGAAGCGAUGGCCCUCUGGGGACUUGCACCAUGAUAAAGAAGCGCGAGAAAGGAAAGGCACCAAACAGAUCCGAUCUGCGAGAUGCUGCCAUGAAGCACCUUGAGUACAUGAAAGGUACCACCAGGUAUCCCUUGGAGCGCAGUGCCGGAGGUGGGUACCUCUGCAUGAUUAACGAUAGAUAGGACCACGGCGGUUCAGAGUCCAUUAGAUGUAGAAGAUGGAUGGGGAGGCUGAACAAAACACAAUAGAAGUCACGGCACCAUUAAACAGUAAGAUCAGACGAGCUAUUUGGUGUCAGUUGAAGUGGUGCGACAGUUUUGAAGGAAUUUCGGAGCGGAUAGGUUAGAUGCGGUUUUGGUACAUGGCAGUAUGAGUAACAGAGCAUGGUUUGCAACGUGUGUCAAACGGUUUACAUGUCAUGUUUGUGUGUGUAGCGGAAUGAACAGAUCAUAAGUGCUGGUUUAUCCGAUGUGCUGUGGGAGAGGAAAUUCAUUGUUUGUCCGAUGUGCUGCUA